AAUGAGUUUUGGGAAAAUUUAUACAGGGAUAUAGAUGAUAAAAGCAGAAAUAAAGAAGAAAAAGCUACGUAUAAUAAUAAUGUAAUGAAAUUAUUGUAUGAUUAUAAGAAGGAUAAAGAGAUCAUUAAUAAUACAAUUGACAUCUCGGAUGAAGAAUUACUUGAUUACAGAAGAAGAUUGAAGAUAUAACUAGUCAAUUUGAUGAAUGUAGUAUAUUUAAUGAAAUUCCUAACUUAAUCAAACUAUUGACAAGAAAGGAUCUUAUAAACGCUAAAUCUUAUUUAUAUAAAUAUCUUCCUCGACGAUAUUUACAAUAGUACUAUUAAUCAGUUCGGUCAAUAUACGCUGGAGGCUAUCAUAAUAUAUGUCUUAGGGUUGUUGUACAACUGUACUCAAGACACCUCAGUUGUGAGGGUAUCUACAUUGUUGGACAAGUUAGAUAGCACAGUUCGAAUACAGGCCAAUAUAAUCAAUAAGAAAAAUAUGGUUAGUAGUACAGCAAUAAGUAGUAGAGUUGAUAUCAAAGGUCAUAAAUAUCAAAUUGGUAAAGGAUUGCUCGAGUUCAUGAUUGAAAGAAAGUUGAUCAAAAUUGAGACACUUUCAGCAGACGAUAAUAAAGCAGUAGUGAAAGAGAAAGGAAAGGGUUAUUCUAAAAUGAAUUUAUUCACUGUAUGUGAUUUUGACAACAAUCUUAUCCCUUUGAAACUCAAUCUUCCAAUAGUUUGCAAGCCUUUAAAGCUGACCGAAACACGUUAUACCUAACGAACUAGGGUAGCUGUGGGACUCUGCUAGUAUUGACCUCCUGGACUAGUACCGAUGGUGGCUCCUCGGAUGAGUCUUUGUUUAGUUAGGAGUAGGUUCUUGCAACCUUAACGCACUAACGAAAAACCGCUUCCAGUUUGCAGCUGAUGAAAGUCUGUCCUUUCAUUACAGGCAUCGGGGUGAUCCGCUUCGGGACAACCUCGGCCACAUGGGCACUGGUAGUGAAUUGAUCACGGUAAUAAGUACGGAUCGAGGAAAAUUCAAAUUCAUACUUGAAUCCCACUAGCUCACCGAAAACUAGGCCUUUCAUCCCUGUUUUUCUAAUCGGACUCAGAGGGAGGUGAAUUCGCUAAUUUAGGCUUUUUAGUCGGAUUCUCUAAGGCUUGAAAUGGAGUGAUUAGAUUGAUUUCUUUCCUUAUGUGGGUUUGCCUCACUUUCGUAGUCUCUCAUUCAAUUCAUCCCUACCCUAUCAUAGGAAAUUGCCUAGGAAAAGGAGUCCCGUACCCUUCUAAUCGGAGAAGGUGCAUUUCCUUCAACCUUUAUGCUUUUCAACUUGAACAGCUUUUCCACAGCAAGGAAUUCUUUUUUUUGUUGGGAGGGUGGAUCCUAUAAGAAAACUUUCCCCUUUUGGUCGGAAUGCCUAUCAGUCUUGGUGGUCUCGUAGUACACGUCUCUUUUUAUCAGCCUUCGAAUACUUCCGGGCUUCCCUUAGCUUUUAGGUGGAUUCAGUCUCUCCCUCCUAAAAAAGAGAAAUAGUCAAGUGAAAGGAGCCCACUUCGGAGUCGCUCACAGGAGAAGCACUGACCUUUUCUCUUUUCCCUAUCGACUUUGAUAAGACUAAUAAGUCAGGGCGAGCUCUUACUUAGAGAGAGUUAGUUGGGUAGGGUCAAUAGCUCUAAGAUCACGUCGGAUUCUAUCGGAUUCUAACCCUAAGGUGACUUCAGUCCCUUUAGAGACGAUUAAAGACUAACAAAGGCAGGGCAGGAGAGAGGGAAACAAAGCAAGAAGUCAUCAUCGCAUCAUAGCGGGUUGAGAACUUAGGCUUAGUGAAUCCCCACUCAAAUUUCGUAUGUAAUGUAAGGAAAUCCUCUCUGUUAAAAGCGGAUCUUUCUGAAUGACUUUCUGAAGCAAAGACUAGAAAAAGAAAGAGAGAGAAGACAGUCAGUCCAGCUAGCAACUGAAUUUCAUGCUUUUAAGCUUAAUGCGUUCAUUCUCUCUAGGGUCAUUGAACUAGUUGAAUGGAAUUCCUUCCCACCCGUACAACAUGCCAAAGCUUAAAGUCGUUUGAUCCCUUUACCAAUCAUAGAAGAUGACUUAUUCUAUCUCCUUACUAUCUCCAUUGGUUGAACGGGGGGUAUCAGAAGAUCUCUGCUUACCUUAGCCUUAGAUAGAGGAGCUACAUGACUUUCAUUAGCUCCUAACGCAGCAUAUCUGAAUUCACUAUAGGGUUAAGAGUGACUUGCUUAGACUGCUGAAUAACCUUCACUUUAGCGAGCUAUAGGACAAACUACAUUCAAGAGGAGAAAGGAAACUUUGAAUAGAAGGAUCAGUGCCCGUAGCAGUCCUGGAGUUAGGUUAUGAUGGUCGUGAUGAGCUCUACUAGAAACAAAAUCUCUUCUAUUCAUAGAUGAAGUCCUAUCUAAGGGCCUUCGCUGCCCUUGAAUUCCGUUCCCUAGUUCAAUCCGAAACUCCAGAUGUGUAAGUAGCGGCCAAGCGGCUCUGUCCUUUUCAAAGAGGUUAUCCUUCUCUCUCCCCGCUUCUUAGUCUUAUAGGAUAGCUCACCAUUCAAGUAAGUCACUUUACCCGGCGCUUACUGUCUUCUUUCUAGCCUAAUUGGUAGCAGUCCCUUUUUAGUACCCCCUUUCCAACCAGUCAAGUGGCUUUCGCUCCUUGACAGUCAGUCUAUUACCCAGCCCUGAUCCCAUGCUUUUCGUUGGUCAACCACCAACUAAAGUGCUCUAUACUUCUUCACUACUCCUACAGGCUUGACAGAGUUAAGCUGUAUUGAGGGAAUCGUUUUGUCUCAAGUAAUCAAGAAUGCCUCAACUAGAUAAAUUCACUUAUUUCACACUGGAUCUAGCGCAGAUCGUCUCCAGCCCACUUGAACAAUUUGAAAUAAUCCCAUUGAUUCCUAUGAAAAUAGGAAACUUAUAUUUCUCAUUCACAAAUCCAUCUUUGUUUAUGCUACUAACUCUCAGUUUGGUCCUACUUUUGGUUUAUUUUGUUACUAAAAAGGGAGGAGGAAACUCAGUACCAAAUGCUUGGCAAUCCUUGGUAGAGCUUAUUUAUGAUUUCGUGCUGAACCCGGUAAACGAACAAAUAGGUGGUCUUUCCGGAAAUGUUAAACAAAAGUUUUCCCCUCGCAUCUCGGUCACUUUUACUUAUUCGUUAUUUUGUAAUCCCCAGGGUAUGAUACCUUAUAGCUUCACAGUUACAAGUCAUUUUCUCAUUACUUUGGGUCUCUCAUUUUCUAUUUUUAUUGGCAUUACUAUAGUGGGAUUUCAAAAAAAUGGGCUUCAUUUUUUAAGCUUCUUAUUACCUGCAGGAGUCCCACUGCCGUUAGCACCUUUUUUAGUACUCCUUGAGCUAAUCCCUUAUUGUUUUCGAGCAUUAAGCUCAGGAAUACGUUUAUUUGCUAAUAUGAUGGCCGUUCAUAGUUCAGUAAAGAUUUUAAGUGGGUUCGCUUGGACUAUGCUAUGUAUGAAUGAUCUUUUAUAUUUCAUAGGGGAUCUUGGUCCUUUAUUUAUAGUUCUUGCAUUAACCGGUCUGGAAUUAGGUGUAGCUAUAUCACAAGCUCAUGUUUCUACGAUCUUAAUCUGUAUUUACUUGAAUGAUGCUAUAAAUCUUCAUCAAAGUGCUUAUUUUUUUAUAAUUGAACAAAAGCGAGUCUGAAUGGGUAUACUUAGUCGUGGAGCAUUCCGAGUCUUUGCUUUAGGGAUCGUUCCUGCGCAUCUCCUUACUUUAUAGCAGUUAUUGCUCCGGUUCCAGAAGGUAUAUAGCUCUCGCCUCAGCUUUUUC